AUGAACCUGAUAUACGCCGCGGUCGCAACGACGCUCCUGGUCAUCCGUGCCAUCUCCAGGAAAUCCCUAACGACAAGCGGAAUCAUCGCUGCAAUCUUCACAGCAGCCGUCCACGCGCUGCACCCAUGGAACCUCCCCUUCACGCUCCUCCUCGUCUUCUACGGCCUCGGCACAGCAGCGACAAAGGUGAAGCACGACAUCAAAGCCAAGCUUACUCUCUCCAGCUCGGGCACCCCCGGCGGUGAAGGCGCCCGAAACCACGUCCAGGUGUUCGCCAACAGCAUCAUCGCCUCCAUCCUCAUCCUCCUGCACACCGCCCAACUCUACGACCUCAACCUCAACACAAUCACCACGCGCACCACCCCCUCCUCCCCCCUCUUCUCCCCCGCCCACGGCGCCUGCUUCGACAACACCCCCGACAACCUCCUCGUCAUCGGCAUCAUCGCCAACUACGCCUCAACCCUCUCCGACACGCUCUCCUCCGAGCUCGGCAUCCUCUCCUCCUCCCCCCCGCGCCUCAUCACAACCUGGAACGUCACGCCAAAGGGCACCAACGGCGGCAUCACCCUCGCCGGCAUCACCGCCGGCGCCGCAGGUGCAUUCAUCAUCGGCCUCAUCGCGGCAAUCAUGCUGCCCGCCUGCGAGGGCGCCGAGGCGGCGUGGGGACCCUGGGAGAAGAUCUGGCUAGUAGCGUUCGUGACGGUGAUUGGCACUGCGGGCUCGCUGCUGGACUCGCUGCUCGGCGCGCUGUUCCAGCAGUCCGUGAUCGACGUGAGGAGCAAGAAGAUUGUGGAGGCGCCGAAUGGCGCGAAGGUGCUUGUGGAGCCGGCGACGCAUAUCACGGCACAGGGGAAGCUGCAUUCGGCGGUUGGGAACGCGCCGCAGUCGGCGGCGGGAGCGGUGCCGGAGCAUGGUGGUGAUGGGAUGAGGAAGCGUGGGGGCGCGGAUGAGGCGACGGUGGAGGUGACGGACAGGCCGAAUAGUCGCCGGGUUAUCACGGCGCAGAGGUGGGGCGUGCUGAGUAAUAACCAGGUUAAUUUGUUGAUGGCCGCGGUUAUGAGUAUGGUGGCUAUGGUUCUCUGGGGCGGGCUGGGGCGGGUUGGCGUUGUUCUGGCGGAGCAGGCGAAGACUGUCGUUAGGGCUGUUGUGAAGCAGGAGAUUAUCGGUGCGGUUGUGGGCGCUUUGUUGGCGCCGAUCUUGGGGUAG